UUUUGUCUGUGUACAUCAGUGGUGUUUCGACCCUGAUGACAAAAGCUGUCGACACUGUGUGGAGCUGGACUUGAGAUCUGUGGUUUUUAAAUGUGUAUGGUUAUAUUUGCUCCGAUUUUUGCCAUCUGUGCUUUUGCAACAUGUGGAGGAUACUAUGGUCAUCUCCAGGUUAAAGUGGACUGUUCCAACAGGAGGCAGAGUAACCUCAGCAUCGACAUUGAUUUUGGUUAUCCUUUCAGACUAAAAGAAGUGCAUUUUAAGGCUCCCUUGUGUGAGACAAAGACCGAAGAGAUCCUUUUCCUGGACGGCGACUUUUCCUCAGCUGCUCAGUUUUUCCUGACUGUUGGUGUUUUUGCAUUCCUGUACUCUUUGCUGGCAACCAUCGUCUAUGUCUUUUACCAGAACAAGUACUUGAAAAACAACAGAGGCCCGCUUGUGGAUUUUGUCGUUACGGUCAUCUUCUCCUUAAUGUGGCUGGUCAGCAGUUGCUGUUGGGCCAAAACUCUUUCUGAUAUCAAGACGGUCACAAACCCAACACAGGUGCUUUUGCUCAUCUCAGCUUGCAGAGCUCAGCAGAAUAAAUGUAUGGCCACCCAGGAGCCUCUCUGGUCACAACUUAAUACAUCUGCAGUUUUUGGUUUUGUAAACGUCAUCCUCUGGGUUGGAAAUAUUUGGUUUGUCUUCAAAGAAACAGGCUGGUACAAGACAGGUCAAAGAUAUCCAACCAGGACUGCUUCUUCAAAACGCAGCAGUGAAAUGCGACAGCGGCUGUACAGUGAGAGCAGCUUUGAACAGCCGGAGGAAGGUUUUGGUCCUCAACCUUCCAGACAAGACAGUUUUAAUCAGCAGGUCAACAGACAAGGUAGCUUCAACCAGUCACAAGUAAGCCUAAGCUUACCGCACGCAUAUCUUGGCAAACCAGUAACUUAUGACAGGGACAGUAAAGUGUCUUCUCAAGGGCCAAUUAUAUUUGUCAACAAGAUGUAAUGUUAAUCCUGGUAUAGACCGAAUCCCCGUGACGUUGCGCCAACAAAACAAACCCUUCCGGGUAGACAAGUUGAUUUGCUUUAUAAUAACCAUCACUAAGAAAUGGUAAAUUAAGCUAAAGGAAUAAUUAUUUUACUGUUAAGAAAUAAUGAAAUUACAAUUAAUAAUGUUUACUAAUUACAAGUAAUGCUGUCAUUUACGUUCUUUUAAGUUGAUUGUUGAUUACAUAUUAAGUAUGUGUUAAUGAUCACCAACUGAUCUGUAAACCUUUAAUUAAUAAACAUUAUUUGGAUUGUUAUCAUAAAGUUGCAUGAGAAGAUUACAAUACCUUAUCAUUGAAUGAAUGUUACUUGAAGCUUCCUACCAGUAAUCAUUGUGAGCAACAUCAUUGGCAACUUUACAAUGGUCAUCCAAAUAAUGUGUAUAGAUGGUUUACAAAACAAAUGUUAACCAUUAACAAAGUAUUAACUAUCUAUUAGGGCUGUCAAUAGAUUACAAUAUUUAAUGGCAAUUAACUGCUUGAUUGAUUAGUUAACUUGCAAUUAAUCUCAAAUGUAUCACACUCUAAAAGUACUUUGAAAGGAGUGGACAAAUAUGGUUGCUUUAUGCAAAUGUUUAUUAUUAUUGCAAUCCAAAAACAAUUCACAAAUACUGUCUAAACUGUUUCUCCAGAAAAAUCUCAAAGGUACUGUGUGUUCAAAAAUAUGCUGAAAGCAUAAUAUGGCAAACUCAAGCCCAUCAAGCAACAACAGAAGGGCAUAUUGACCUGAAUGUAGCAUUACUUGGUAAUACUAACACAAUGUAGUGUCCCACUACACUUGUUAAGGCUUCUACUAAGUGGGAUAGUUAAUAAAUAAAUAAAUAAAGUGUCCACGUAAUAGUGGGGAGUAGAACUCAGCUUAUAUGGCACAGUUGAAGCUAUAGCUUAGACUUUAAUUUCUUUGGAUAAAACAGUUAAGUUAUGCUUCUAUAUCUUAGUUCUUCUAUUGUGUUCAACAACACUGGCAUGUGAGACUUGAUGUACUCCGGUAGUAACUCAAUUCACACUGACAGUUAAUGCAGGAUGAGAAAAAUAUAAAUAAUGUUGCCUGCUUGACUAGUCUUUAGUAGCUGUGUUUCUUUGUUCUACAAGUCCAGGUUAGCUGAUCAUUUGAUGAUAUCAUUUAAUACAGUGACAUUUCACCCCCGUUGACUGACUGCUACAUUUUAGGUCUUUAGGUUUCUUUAGUUUUUGGCCCAACAGGUAAAUUAGGCCUCCAACCUAACGUUAGUGAAAGUAACAAAUAAAAGUACAAACAUGCAUUUUAAAUUAAUGAAAUUAUAGUAUAUCCAGUUGUUCCUCGCCACUGUUUGCACAGCACCGUUAAAUUGUGCAUACAGGACACAGGUUCUCUUCCCGGAAGUUAUUGUAAACAAACAUUGUGAUUGGUUCUAUAAUGCUGUGGGGUUUUUUGCUCGUUUUUGCUCAUUCGACAGUGAUUGGUUCAAGGAUCAGAGGCGUACCUAAUCAAGCUGGCCCGGCAUACGUUUGAAUCUCAGAUUUUAGGGAAGUGCACAUGCAUCUUCCCCUUCAGAUGAUGAAUGUGAAAACACCUCUCUGGUAAUAAACUUCAAACAGAACCAAAGUCAGUGUAUGUCAGUACGGUCAGGGUAAAAAAUGUAAGGGGACCUAAACACAAGAAAAACACUUUUUUUGGUAAAGGGGGGCUUUAAAAUGAAAUGAAAACACUGAUGUACUGAUCAGUGAUUUAUUUGACAAAUAUGGCGUUCAUAAUGGGAUAUAAUGUUUUAUUAUAAUGACUUGGAGUUGAGAAAUUCCCUGAUGACACAAGUUGUACCUUGUUGACUUUUGGCAAUAAUCAAGCAUUGCUGUGGGCCUUUGUAAAUAAUAAAAAUAACAAAAUUAUUAAAAUAAUGAGAUGGAAAAUAUAUGGCUCCCCUUUGGAGAACCUUAUAUGGUUAAUUAUACUCCACCACAGCUUUGCCAGCAGACAUUAUGUUCGAGCCAUUAAUGAGGACAUGAAUCAUAACAAGGACAAAAGGACAAAAAUCAUUACACGCCAGUAUUCAAAUUUAACAAUUACACUGACUCAAUGGAAAACAUAAUAUUCACAUAUUCGCAAAAAAUUACAUAAAGCUGAGGAGUACUCAUCUUCUUGGAUGUGCCAACGGAGGCAGCCUGAAAAAGAGCCCACAAUCUGACUGCAAACUUUAGCUCAAACAGCUUAAUAUUAACUUAUGUAGAUUGCAUUUGCAAUAAGGUGAUGAAAAGUACUGUUUGUACUUGGUCUACAGGUAUACACGGGCAAAAUGACCUGUGGUGGUGUAAAUUAGUCCUGUCAUUAACUACAUGGUAGAUAUUAAUGGUUUAACAUGCUAAUAGUUGUUUUUUGUUUUAGCUUAGAAAUAUUUCCAUGUGUCUUUGUAGGAAUUCUAUACUUAUUAUACCCAAUUGUGGAUUGUUUUUAACAUUUUUCAUAAUAUGUAUUUCUUUUUAAUUCCAAAUUUUAAAAAAGCCCAGUAAUUAAGCAUCACGGUAGGAUUUGCAUGGCGUUGAACUAAUUUCACGCAUGUUAAGAUACAUGUUUUAUUUAUUUUUCACCUGUAUAUGGAAAACCCUUUUCUUUUUUUCUUUUUGUUUUGUCUAAAGAAAAUUAUACAUUUUGCCCUAUGUUACAUUUGAUGGAAAACAUGUGCAGUAUUAGUAUCAGUUAUAUAUCUAUGAAUACUUAAUGUUUAAUAGCAACAUUUAUUUCCUUCGACAUUUCUGAUGCAUUCCAAAAAAAAAUUAUAUUGAAUGAGGCACUCUAGUGUUUUUGUUUUUUUCUGAUGUUUUUAGGAAUAUUGAUUUCAAAUGGAUGGAGUACUGUUUAAGGCGACCUUUGAAUAUUUCAUUAUUUUUAAAUUGUUCUGUUUAUUUAAAUUUUUUUAUUAUACUUGUGUUAAAGCUGAAGAAUUAUCUUCUAAAUGAAUAUGUAACACAUUAAACAAACAAUAAUGCAUAAUUUGUAUGUGGAACAUGUUGAAGUGCACCUUUAUUGUCACAGUCCUCUGCACUAUACUGAUCGUUUAAUAAUUUCACAAAAGAAAUAAUGUAUAACUUCUUCAUAACAGAGUUCAAAAAGUGUGCAGUAACUGGAAUUUGUGUGUUAUGUGCUGAUGAAUAUAUUAAGCGUAUAAGUUUAUGUCAGGCACUACAUUUAGUUUGUUGUUUUACUUUUUAAAAAACAUUGUUGCUCUACAUGCCUUUUCAGUGACACUCUGGUUUCAGUAAUUGAUGUCAAAGUUAACAUAUCAACUGUGGAGCUGUCGUGGUUUUUCUCAUUUGGUGUCUGUCAGCCUCUUUAUUUCCAUGGAAAAGAGAAUGGAGCAGAUGAGAAUGAAAGUGAGGAAAGCUGAAAAAGAAAUGUGGCAAACCGACAAAGGGAAUAAUUAAAGAGUAUUGACUUUUAUGGAGACACCUUUAUAGACAUUAAAGCAGGUUUCAUACUGUGUAUCAGGAUAAUCUCAACUGUAAAGACUGAAGGGAUAGUCCCUAAAGUUUAAAUUAGUUAAAACAGUAAACACAAUUCUAACCAAUUCCUAAAACCUCUUACCACUCUGGUACAGCCUGUAGAGUUUAAACUGUGUUGAUGACAAAGAGUUGGGUUUUAAUUUGUGGGUUAGUGAAUCUCAUCAGUAAAGUAUAAGUACUGCUAUUAAAUUAAAGAGGUCACAGAAUGUGAAUUAAUGAGCUUAUGUCAAUCAUUUGACUGAGUAGUGGAUACAAAUCAUUUCUUUAUUUAGGUAAAUUAUUUAUGGAAAAAAGUCAGCAGGUUCCAACUACACACAUUUCUCACUGAAUAAAAACUGUGUUUAUGA